AUGGCAGUCACCCGAUCGGCCGCACGCGCCCUGGGCCAGCUCACGAAGCCAGGGGUCACGAAGAAAUCAAAGACUACCAGGAAAAGGAUGAUGAAGGCAAAGGCUAACCAGGAAAAUACCACCAAGAAAAGGUUUUCCGUGGCAAAAUCCACCAAGGCGAAUGAAAAGAAGGCGAUAAUCCAUGAUCCUCCUUAUCGCGAGCGACUGAUUGAAUGGAUAACUAUGAAAGACCCAAUCGACGGUGUUAUUCCAAACAAGAGCGAACUAUUCUCUAUUCUACAAAGAAUCCGCGGACGGAAAGGUUGCCAGGUAGUCUCGCGAGCACGUCCGUCGGAGCUUAAUGGAAUUGAGUGGUUAGUGGUUGAGUGGCAGAAUCUCGCAACUAGAGAUAAGUUUCUCGAAUCGGAACUAUCCGAGAGCUUAACGCAGGCCCUUGCACCCCGCUCUCCAAAGAAGGAGUUGAUCUGGCCAAUCGACUGUUGGGACUUUCACCGAGUAAUUCGUGCAGACCCACGUUAUCCACCCCAAAAGCUCUAUGAGAUCUUAACGACGUACUUUCCGGUGGACCUGAAUGACACUGCUCUGACAACUUUGAGAAGCCUGGCACCUCAAUGCGUGUUCCCAGAAGAAUUAGUCCCUAACCCUGGGGGGCAAUGGCAUGAUAAAUAUGCCGACGCUUCAGAAUGGCAUUGCGGUCAAUCUCCUGUGGAGGCGCCAAUCAUCGUGGCGGAGAAAAUAGAGGUCACAGGCGGAUUUAUGAACGGAUUUCUAUAUCACGAACGUGCGUGGAUGGAAAGGGAAAUUGAGUUCCGCGGGCAACCUGCUCGGCGUUUGAUUCACAUCUUCCGGUUUGAGGACGAAGACGGGGAACGAUGUUACAAAGAGGAGAUGAAACGCAGGAACACACCCAGGGGACGAACUAGUUCGAAUGAAUGGGAAAAUUUCUUCUUAGACUUGCAAGACCUUGGCAUGAUAGGAUAUGAGUCCCAGCAUGCACGGUUCUUGGAGGUACUGGAGCGUGUGUCAGAAGACAAAGUUUAUUUGCCCGGUCAGUUUCCUAUGAAAAGACUGCCUGAAUUCUUGGUGGAAAGUUCUCUUGGUCUCUAG